CAGAACUGCUGGGGGAAAAGCUAAAGAGCAACAUGUCUUCCCCCAAUCGUGAGGCUGUCCUCCCAGAGCCUGAGCCUGAGCCUGAGUCUUCAAACUGCAAGAAAAAAAAGAAGAAAAGAAAGCGGCUACAGCAAGAGGCCAGCAUCCAAGCCCUCACUAGGGCUGGCCAUGGGGCCCUGCAGGCCGGCCGGAACCAUGAGGCCUUAAGCAGUUUCCAGAAGGCCUUCCUACUGGCCUCUAAGGCCCCAAGAACCAAGGACAUCUCUGUGCUUCAAGCCUGUGCCUUCAACCUGGGGGCUGCUUAUGUGGAGACUGGGGACCCAGCCAGAGGCCUGGAACUGCUGCUGCAAGCCCAGCCUGCACAAAAUCCCCAGGGCAGGUGUCAUGGGGACCAGUGUUUUAAUGUAGCUUUAGCCUAUCAUGCUCUUGGUGACCUGCCCCAAGCUUUGAACUGGUACCACAGGGCCCUGGGCCAUUACCAGCCACAAGGUAACCAGGGGGAAACCCAGGCAAAAAUGGGAGCCUGUUACCAGGCCCUGGGACAGCCUGAGCAAGCAGUCCACUGCCUGCAGGAAGCAAGCCAGGCCUAUGCCCUAGCAGGCCAGCCCCAGGCCGCAGCCCUGGCACUGGGGGCUGCAGCUGGGUGUAUGUUGAAAAGUGGGCAGCAUGGGGUGGGUGAGGUGGUACAGGUGCUGGAGGAGAGCCGGAAACUUGCUGAGAGGAGCACCAAGACAGGAUUGCUGGGGCCACUCUAUAAUGACCUAGGCCUGGGCUAUGCCCAGCUCCAGCUGUUCCCUCUGGCACUAGAGGCCUUCCUGCAGGCUCUACCCCUGUGCCAGGAGCCAGGAGAACGGGCUACGGUGCUGGGAAACCUUGGGAUGGCUCACAAUGCCCUUGGCGACUACGAGGAAGCCCGGGAUUUUCACCACAAGGCUGCCAACCUGCAUGGCUCUAUGGGGCAGCGGUGGGAACAGGGACGGAGCUUCAGCAGCCUGGCAUUUGCUCUUAGCCAGCUGGGGGACCACAAAUCCGCCAGAGACAACUACUUGCACGCCUUGCAGGCUGCCCAGGACACUGGGGACAUGAAAGGACAGUGGCAGGCCUGCGAGGGCCUUGGGGCUUCUGCAGCCAGGCUCGGGCAGUAUGACCAGGCCUUGAAGUACUAUAAGGCGGCGCUGGCUCAGUGUCAGAAGGAGCCAGUUUCUGUGCGAGAACGGCUAGUGGCCAAGCUGGCAGAUGCCAUGAAGACCCACCUGAUCCAGGUUUGUGCCCAGACCCCAGCUCCAGCUCCAGAAAGGCUCCAGGUUCCAAGCAAGGCCCACCAAGUGACUGGGACCUCAGCCAAGGUGCAAAGCAACACAGUAGAUGCUCAGCAUAGACCUUCUUGUAGGUGGGAAGAUGAAGAGUUGGAGGAAGGCCGCAAAGAGAAGGAGGAGAAGAGGUGUAUGAAUAUUCCUACAGUGUCUGGGCCUCCGAGACUGGAGCUAAAGUGUGCAGGACCCGGUGUCCAUCUUCCAUUUGGAGGCACAGGCCCCCCCAUAGUGCAGUGCCCUAACAUCCUGGUACCAAAAGGCCACCAAGCCAAUAGCAACAUGAACAACCCUCAUCCAGCUGUAGAGACACAAGGUAUGCCCUGCCGCCUGCAUGGCCUGCCUGCAGGCAUUGGAGAAAGCGGAAAUCCUGAGGAAGGAGCGGGAAUAAAGCUUGAGGCUGCUGCCUCCUGUACUGGAGCCCACAAACAGAGGUCCUGCAAAUGGCCCAGAGAAACCCUCAGCAGGAACCCUCAGAAGAGAAUCCCCCAAUCUGGCUUCUGCAUGAUCCUGUGACCUGCUCCUGCAUGAUCUUGUGGCACACACACACACACACACACACACACACACACACACACACACACCUGAUUUCUGAGGUCUGAGGCUCUUCCCAGUUGUUCAACCAGUAUGGACAAAAAGGCCAAACAGGGUUGUAGCUCAGUAGUACAGUGCUUACCUAGCAUGCACAGGACCUUGGGUUUAAUCCCCAGCACUGCAAAACAGAAACAAAAGUCUUGUGUGAAAUAACAAUGCCUCAUAAGCUUGCUAUGAGACCACACUUGUAAGACACUUAGUAUGUGGAGCAUGCAUCUAAUGUUCAAUAAAUGUCACCUCCA